UGCUGUACAUGGUUCUAACACCAUAACCAAGUUUGCAGUUGACACCACCAGGCUGGCCAGCACCUGGCUGCGUGGUUUGCCAACAACAACCUGGCCCUUAACACCCAGAUGACCACAGAGAUCAUUGUGGACUUCAGACAAACACACAUGGGGAAAUGGGGAAUUGCCAUCCCACAGUUGGAUUAUGAACUGGAUUGGUAUUGGCACUGGAGCAAUAUCUCACAAUCAAGGGAGACUCUGGACGCAGGGUAAUGAUGAGCUCCUCUGACCUUUCACUGGAGAUAACCUUCCUUAGCUGCUCAGUGGAAACUCCUUAGGGUGGACUCAUGGAUGCCCACAGCUGCAGACCUGACUGAGAAUACUGACUGAAUUUUGAGAGAGGCUAUGGUGCGGUAGACAUGGCCUCCAGAUGUACAGACACAGACACAAGCACAUGUCCAGGUACGAGUGAGCAAGUAACAAGAAGAAGAAGAAGAAGCCGCUGGAGCAACUGAAGCUAUGAAGCUAAAGAGGUUUUGAAAACAACCCAGCGAGUGCCAAGCCAUCCUGCGUGAAGACCCCAACCUUCCCUGCGCAGUCAGGGCCUCGGCUCUCCGGCCGGGCCAAUCUUCAGUCCCACCCCACCCCUCCCUGCCCCCCUUUCCCUACUCGAGGCAAGAUGGCCACCGGUGGUGCCCCUCGCCUCUCCUUGCCACUUCUGCUGCCUGUCACCACUCUGCUGCUAUCACUGCUGCUCACCAGCUCCCAAGCCUUAUCACAACCGUGGUUCACUAAAGUUCCCGUCGACCAGAUUGGCGUCUCAGGGGGCGUAGUCUCCUUUGUCUGCCAGGCAACAGGCGAUCCCAAGCCAAGGGUUAGCUGGAACAAGAAAGGCAAGAAGGUCAACUCCCAGCGUAUAGAGACCAUUGAGUUUGACGAGGGUGCCGGCGCUGUACUCAGAAUCCAGCCUCUCAGAGCACCACGUGAUGAGAACAUCUAUGAAUGCGUGGCUGAGAACAGCGAGGGCGAGAUCACCGUCAAUGCCAAGUUGUCUAUCAUCCGAGAGGACCUACUCCCACCAGGCUUUCCUAACAUUGACAUGGGCCCUCAACUGAAAGUGGUGGAGCGCACUCGAACAGCCACCAUGCUCUGUGCUGCCAGUGGCAACCCUGACCCAGAAAUCACCUGGUACAAAGACUUCCUGCCCAUUGACCCCAGUGCAAGUAACGGGCGAAUCAAACAGCUACGCUCAGAAACCUUUGAGGGUACCCCGAUUCGAGGUGCCUUGCAGAUCGAGAACAGCGAGGAGACAGACCAGGGGAAGUACGAGUGCGUGGCGUCUAAUGUGGAAGGCGUGCGCUACUCGUCCCCUGCUAACCUUUAUGUGCGAGAGCUUCGAGAAGUUCGACGGGUGCCUCCUCGCUUCUCCAUUCCACCUACGAGUCAGGAAAUUAUGCCCGGUGGCAGUGUGAACAUAACGUGUGUGGCAGUGGGGUCGCCCAUGCCUUACGUCAAGUGGAUGCUGAACUCGGAGGACUUGACACCAGAGGAUGAGAUGCCAGUGGGCAGGAACGUUCUCGAACUGAGCAGCGUCCGCGAGUCAGCCAACUACACCUGCGUGGCCAUGAGCAGCCUUGGCAUUAUUGAGGCUGUGGCGCAGAUCACUGUCAAAUCUCUCCCCAAGCCCCCAGGUACCCCUGUGGUUACUGAAACCACUGCCACCAGUGUGACUAUCACCUGGGACUCAGGCAACCCAGACCCAGUGACUUACUAUAUCAUCCAGUACAGGGCCAAGUCCCCAGACAGCAAGUAUGAGACAGUGGAUGACAUCACCACUACACGUUACAGCAUUGGUGGCCUCUACCCCAACACAGAGUAUGAAAUCCGUGUCUCAGCCGUCAACACAAUCGGCCAGGGUCCUCCCAGUGAGCCAGUAGAAACUCGGACUGGAGAACAAGCCCCUGCAAGUCCACCACGAAAUAUUCAGGCCCAGAUUAUUUCCCAAAACACCAUGAUGGUGCGCUGGGAAGAGCCCGAGGAGCCCAAUGGGCAGAUUAAGGGAUACCGCGUUUAUUACACCAUGGAUGACUCCCAGCCCAUGAGCCUCUGGCAGAUCCAUAAUGUCCAGGAUAGCAUCAUCACUACUAUCCAGAGCCUGGUUCCUCAAGAGACAUACACAAUCAAAGUCUUAGCGUUCACCUCUGUAGGAGAUGGACCCUUCUCAGAGCCUAUCCAUGUCAAAGUACUACAGGGAGUUCCAGGUCAACCAUCCAAAUUCCAGGUUGGUGCUGUGUCUGACACCAGCAUUGAACUGACCUGGGAACCUGCCUAUGAAAAGGAAGGAAUUAUAAGUUAUGAACUUCGCUACACGGAAGGCAGUUUUGGCACCCAGAUGAAGAAAACAUUUGGACCCACAUCUUCAUAUGUUGUGGAAGGGCUCCGCCCAAACACAGAGUACCACUUCUCCCUGGCAGCCAUUUCAGUCAAAGGCAUUGGAGCCUUCACAAAUGAGAUAUCGCAGAAGACCUUACAAGCAAAGCCCUCAGCCCCCCCUCAAGACAUUAAGUGCAGCAGCACCAGCUCCACCACCCUGCUGGUAAGUUGGCACCCCCCGCCUUUGAAGAGUCAGAAUGGUGACCUGGUGGGGUAUAGGGUGCGCUACCAGGUGGUGGGCCCCUCAGAAGGUGGCAGCGACGACGGGGAACCCAUGGAGGAGCCGACGGUGCCUGCCACCGAAGAGCAGGUGCUGCUGCAGCGAUUGGAGAAGUGGACCCAGUACCGCAUCACCGUGUCCGCCUUCACCGUGAUUGGGCCAGGCCCUGAGAGCGAGCCCCUGAUCUGCCGGACAGACGAAGAUGUGCCAGGGGCUCCUCCAAGGCGAGUGGAGGUGGAGGUCCUCAACUCUACAGCACUAAAGGUGAUGUGGCGCUCCAUGACGCCAGGCAAGCAGCACGGUCAAAUUCGUGGCUACCAGGUUCACUAUGUACGUGUGGAAAAUGGCGAGUCAAGGGGCCUGCCCCUCAUCAAGGACGUCAUGCUGGCUGAUGCCCAGUGGGAAACGGACGAUACAGCUGAAUAUGAAAUGGUCAUUGGAGGACUCAAGCCAGACACAACUUACUCCAUUACGGUGGCAGCAUACACCACCAAGGGGGAUGGAGCCCGGAGCAAACCAAAACUGGUGGUGACCAAAGGGGCAGUGCCUGGUUCACCCUAUCUCUCAGUGGCUCAGAACUCGGAGACAUCAGCUGUUGUUCGCUGGGACCCUCCAGACCUGACCAAUGGCAUGGACCUGCAGGGUUACCGGCUCCAGUUUGGCCGGAAGGAUGUCUCUCCUUUGGCCACACUGGAAUUUGCUCCCCAAGAACGACAGUACUCUGUGGGCAACAUUCACCGGGGGGCCAUUUAUCUCUUUAAAAUCUCAGCCAAGAGCAGAGGGGGCUUUGGGGAAGAGGCUGUUGUGGAACUCAGUGUGCCUGAGAAUACACCAGGGGGAUACCCUCAAAUAAAUGAGGGUUCCAAUGUGACGUGCUGCUCAGUGCAGCUGUCCUGGUCUCCUCCAGUUCUGGCGGAGAGGAAUGGGGUAAUCACGGAGUACACUUUGGCCUAUAAAGAAGCAGGUGCUGGAGGAGCACCACGGGAACUCCGCUUGCCCCCGAGCCUGUCCAGCUACGUGCUCAACAGCCUCAAACCGAACUCAGCGUAUGAUGUGAAAAUACGUGCACACACCAGUGUAGGUCCAGGGCCCUACAGCCCUCCUAUCCAGUAUCGGACGGUGGCCUUUGAUCCAUCAGAUGUCCCAAAGAAUUUCACUGUCAAGUGGGCCACCAAGACCACAGUGGUCCUUGCAUGGAAGUUUUCUGAAAGCAGGUCUCCAUACAAAUGCACGAUCGAGUACAACCGUCAGAAGAUGGAUGUGGAUGCCAGGCAGAUGAGGGUGCUCGUCACUGGGCUAAGGCACAAUACUACUUACGAGUUCAGGGUGACGUGCCAAGAAAGCAUGGAUGGUGGGCCAAGACACCGUGUGGUGGCCAGGACCGCUCCAUUCAUCCUGGUCAAGAAACCCAAGCUGGACAUCUACGCUAAGUCUAACAACAUGCCCACCAUGUCCUUCCCACCAGUCGAUACCAAGGAUGUCAAGAACUUCUAUCUGGUAGUGGUGCCACUUAAGAGGACCUCUGGAAAUGUUAAGAACUUGAAGAACCCUGAUGAGAUGGACAUGGAUGAGCUGUUGCGGGAGGUGACCCCAAAGCGUCGUUCACGCCGUCAGCUUGCUCAGCUGGACCAGAGGAAACCCUACAUCACAGCCUGCUUCAGGGAGCUGCCUUCCAGCUUUACUGUGGGAUCUGACCACCGCCACAGCAGCUGUGAGAACAAGCCUCUUGAACCUGACCAGGAGUAUGUCUUCUUCCUGCUGGCUGAACUCAAUGCCACCGCCGGGAAAAUGUUUGCUACCAGCCCUUAUACCGACAUAGUGAUGACUACAGAGCAGACUAUGGACCCCCUGCCAAAAGAGACUGGUGAUGGACUCAUAUGGGUGGUGGGCCCAGUCCUGGCUGUGGUCUUCAUCAUCUGCAUCGUGAUCGCCAUUCUCCUGUAUAAAAACCGCAAGAGAAAAGAGUCAGAGCCACGCACAAAAUGUCUUCUGAACAACGCAGACAUUACGCCCCACCACCCUACAGACCCUGUAGAGAUGAGACGCAUCAAUUUCCAAACUCCAGAUUCUGGUCUAAGCAGUCCUCAGAGUGAAGCAGAUUUUGACUAUGAAAGUAUGAUGAAUCAUCCUCCCAUCCCUAUUUCAGAGUUGGCUGAACACACAGAGCUUCUCAAGGCCAACGACAACCUCAAGCUCUCACAGGAAUAUGAGUCUAUCGAUCCAGGCCAGCAGUUCACCUGGGAACACUCUAACCUGGAGGUGAACAAGCCAAAAAAUCGUUACGCCAACGUGAUUGCCUACGACCACUCCCGCGUCAUCCUGGCUCCCAUCGAGGGUAUCACAGGUAGCGACUAUAUCAAUGCCAACUACAUCGAUGGCUACAGGAAGCAGAAUGCCUACAUCGCCACCCAGGGUCCAUUACCAGAGACAUUUGGGGACUUCUGGAGGAUGGUUUGGGAACAGAGAGCAGCCACUGUCGUCAUGAUGACCAGGCUGGAAGAAAAGUCACGGAUUAAGUGUGACCAGUACUGGCCCAGUCGUGGCACAGAAACCUAUGGUAUGACCCAAGUGACCCUGCUGGACACCAUAGAAUUGGCCACUUUCUGUGUCCGCACUUUCUCCUUGCACAAGAAUGGCUCCAGUGAGAAGCGGGAGGUUCGUCAGUUCCAGUUCACAGCGUGGCCUGACCACGGUGUACCAGAGUACCCGACCCCCUUCCUGGCCUUCCUCCGUAGGGUGAAGACCUGCAACCCGCCUGAUGCCGGACCAAUCAUCGCCCACUGCAGUGCGGGUGUCGGCCGGACAGGCUGCUUUAUCGUCAUCGAUGCCAUGCUUGAGCGUAUCAAGCAUGAGAAGACGGUCGACAUUUACGGCCACGUGACUCUGAUGCGGUCACAGCGGAACUACAUGGUGCAGACAGAGGACCAAUACAGCUUCAUUCACGACGCACUGCUGGAGGCGGUGGCUUGCGGCAACACUGAAGUGGCUGCCCGGAGCCUCUAUUCCUACAUCCAGAAGCUGGCCCAGGUGGAGAGCGGGGAGCAUGUCACUGGCAUGGAGCUAGAGUUCAAGCGUUUGGCCAACUCCAAAGCCCACACGUCGCGCUUCAUCAGUGCCAACCUUCCCUGCAACAAGUUUAAGAAUCGGCUGGUCAACAUCAUGCCCUAUGAGACCACACGUGUCUGCCUGCAGCCAAUCAGAGGCCUGGAAGGAUCUGACUACAUCAAUGCCAGUUUCAUUGAUGGAUACAGACAACAGAAAGCCUACAUCGCCACACAGGGCCCCCUGGCAGAGACUACAGAAGACUUCUGGAGAAUGCUCUGGGAGAACAACUCUACCAUUGUAGUCAUGUUGACCAAACUGAGAGAGAUGGGACGGGAAAAGUGUCACCAAUACUGGCCGGCAGAGCGCUCAGCCAGAUAUCAGUACUUUGUGGUGGAUCCCAUGGCCGAGUACAACAUGCCCCAAUACAUCCUUCGAGAGUUCAAGGUCACAGACGCCAGGGAUGGCCAGUCCAGGACAGUAAGGCAGUUCCAGUUUACUGAUUGGCCAGAGCAAGGCGUCCCCAAAUCUGGGGAGGGAUUCAUUGAUUUCAUUGGCCAGGUGCAUAAAACCAAGGAGCAAUUUGGACAGGAUGGACCAAUCUCUGUCCACUGCAGUGCUGGUGUGGGCAGGACUGGAGUCUUCAUCACCCUCAGCAUCGUCCUGGAGAGAAUGCGCUAUGAAGGUGUGGUUGAUAUAUUCCAGACAGUGAAGAUGCUCCGGACACAGAGGCCAGCCAUGGUCCAGACUGAGGAUGAGUACCAGUUCUGCUAUCAUGCAGCUCUGGAGUACUUAGGAAGCUUUGAUCACUAUGCAACGUAAAAAGCCAUCUCUUCCCCCCAGAAUCCUGUCACCCCCUCAACAGUCUCCUGAGCCAUAGAAACUUUGAAAUUUGAAACAACGACAGCAGACGACGAUAACACCACCACUAAUUCACACACCAAACAGGAUCCUAUUGUAGAUUUUUAGAAGACAAUGCCCAACAAAUCAGUUCAGAUUUAAAUUCCAAAUUCGACUAAGAGACCCCUCACGAGGAAGCGAGGAAAAUUGCCCAUCAUCUAGAAAAGAAAAUCCUCAUCAAGAGAGGAACCAGAAGCUGUGGCUCAAGCUGUGGGGCGGGAAUCGAUCAAAGUGUCAGACUGCUUACCUUACCUCAAGUGUUUCAAUGUGGAGGACAUUGUAAACAUUCGUGGACAUUUCUCUUCUCAAAAAUAUCUUCGUGAUACAAUGGUACAAAGCAACAGAUAAUGAAGGAGAAGGCAACAACAGAAAUCAAUGAGAGGCAGAUGGAUGUAGCCGAGACGGGGUGACUUUGUUGUUUUUUUGAUAAGCCUAGGUGUAAAAGGGGUUCAAGUAUUUCUAUCAACACAUUUUGUGAGUGAUAUCCAGAGAAAUUACCAAACCGUUGGUUGCCUGUGUGAACACAAAUGGUUUUCCCCAAACUCUGGUCAGCCAAACAAGAUGGGACAAAAAAAGCAAAAUAGUGGUAACGAAACUAGCAGGAGAACGCUCCCAUCUCGCAUCAAAUAAAUCUUGAGUUUUACACUGUUCCACUAAUGAUAUGCAUAACACGUAUGGAAAAACACUCAACUAUUAAAGUAUACAUCACAUAACUGCCUGUCCUCAAGCGCUACGAGCUUAGAGAAGGCACUGUCAGUGGUUGUUGGGAAGAAAGCAGCAACACAUAUCUUAAGAUCAGUUAGUUUCAUGAAUUGUGAACUUGUGCAAAAUUAGUACCCUAAGCCAGGAAGCCACAGUGACAUUGAAAAAUACCACAAUGUAUUUACAUUAAAAAGUGCCGCAGGAGGUUCAUGUCUCAGUCACCAGAGAAUUCGGGGAAAACCUCGCCUGUUGCAAGAAGCUGCGGCUGGAUCGUCUUGCGGACGGUCAACUGUGUCCCAAGAUUUUUUACAAUCACUCCUCUCUGUGGAACCAUUGCAUCAUGGGGCUUCGGUGUUAACAUCCACCUUUUUGAACUAGAGAUAAAUCUGGUGGGCGAGAAGCUUUGGAACAAACGGAACAACUAAACAAGGAUUGCCGCAAAGUUGGGGCUUUCUUUGUGUACAGUGACCAACGCUCAUCAUCAUUGUUUAUAACUUUUUUGUCUCAUGAGGAAUUAUCUUUUUUUUUUUCUUUUCUUUUCUGUCAAAACCAAACAUGCUGCUUAUCUUGUGUAUGCUGUACAUGUGACUCUUGUGGGAGAGGAAACUGACGAACAAAAGAUGCCAGCUCUGCUAACUGCUCACAUCCAGGCGGACAUUACUAAAAGCGCAUCCACACCAUCAUCGUUCACCGGUCUUUUUGCAGCCCUCCUUUUUUUUCCAGUCUUCUUUAAGAUCAUCUAUUUCAUUGUAAAAGACACUCAGAAGUGGCAGAGGCCGCUUGCAGUUACAAAGCUUUACGUUCAUGUGAUUAAAAAUUGGCCUUUAGUUCCACUGUAUGUGUGUUUGGUAACAGAUGGAAAAACAAAGUAGAUACUUUGGUUUUUGUCCUCCGUUUUAUAGAUGAUGUCUCUGUGGGUGAAACAGUCAGACCAGGCAGCCAUGUUGGAUCUUAUUGCCAUGAUUUGAUCAUGAAAUUCUUUGGUACAAAAUACUUUAUUUGCACAUCCCUGAGAAAAAAACAAAAGAAACUUGAAACAAAUACCCCAAAAACAACUGCAGGUUGACGCACUAAUGUAUAUGUUACUGAUAAAAAAUUUUAAAAAAUCAAGCUUUUGAAUUCACCAGAUUUUCAUUUUGAGAUCAGCGCUGCGGUAUAAACGAGCGUUCGGAUUCUGUGAAGGUUUCUUGUGCGUGUGCACAAAAACCAGAACAAUGGACAGAACUGUGUGUAAUCUUUUCUUAUUUCCAAAAAAGCCUUAUUGUUAUUGUAACAUUAUGAAAACAUUAAUGUUGUAUUAUGACAACUUAUUUUACAUUACAUAGUUGACUUUUUAUUUUCUUUUUGGUUUAGUUUUUUAACAGAGAUGUUGUAUCACAUUUUUUAAAAUUAGCAGGAAAAGAGAAAUGCUUAUUUGUUCAUAUUACGUUAAAAGACAUUCUAUUUUUUCACUGUAGAAAUGUUAAGUAUAACAUGUCUGUGUACGUGUGCAUAUAUGUAUGUAUGUGUAUAUAUACACAUAUAUACAUAUAUAUGUGUGUGUGUGUGUGUGU